GCGUCCCUGAUCCUUGCAAGGAGAAUCCCUGUCAAAAUGAAGGGUAUUGUGUAGUUGAUGGUCACAGCUAUUGGUGCAGAUGUAAAACUGGUUAUACAGGAUCCACGUGUGAAGUCCCUCCUACCCAAUGCAGAACCCAGCCAUGUCAAAACGGAGGAACGUGCGUUACUAGACAAGACGGUAGCUACAGUUGUCGAUGUACGGAAGAAUACUUUGGACGGACAUGUACUGAACGAAAUCCAUGUUUUUCAAAUCCAUGUAAAAAUAGUGGACAUUGUGCAAUUCGAGGCAGCGACCCCUUCUGUGAAUGUAUUCCACAGUGGACAGGACCAUUUUGUGAAACUCCGAACACGACACCUAAUAGUUGUGAUACUAAUCCAUGCCAAAAUGAAGGAAGGUGCAGCUUAACUGCAAGUGGAUAUGUGUGUACAUGUCCUCCGACACAUACAGGCAACCAGU